UCUCGACAAAUCUUGGCUGUCCGUCCGCAGCGCAAACCCGCCAACAUGGGCAAAAUUCAGAAAAAAGGACAAGCUGGCGCCGCCAAAAACUACAUCACGCGCACGCGCGCCGUGAAGAAGCUGCAGAUUUCGCUCCCAGACUUCCGCCGACUAUGCAUCUUCAAGGGAAUCUACCCCCGCGAGCCGCGCAAGAAGAAGAAGGUCUCCAAGGGUUCGACCGCUGCCACCACCUUCUACUACACCAAGGACAUCCAGUACCUGCUGCAUGAGCCGCUGCUGGCCAAGUUCCGCGAGCACAAGGCCGUCGCAAAGAAGAUUGCAAAGGCGCUGGGCCGUGGCGAAGCCGGAGAUGCUGCACGUCUCGAGAAGAACCUCGUUCCCAAGAUCAAGCUCGACCACAUCAUCAAGGAGCGCUACCCCACCUUCACCGAUGCCCUCCGCGAUCUCGACGACGCCCUCUCCAUGCUCUUCCUGUUCGCCAACCUGCCCUCGAGUGAGCAUGUCCCGGCUAAGACUAUCGCUCUUUGCCAGAAACUCUGCCACGAGUUCGAGCACUAUGUCAUCACCUCCCACUCGUUGCGCAAGACCUUCUUGUCCAUCAAGGGCAUCUACUACCAGGCCACCAUACAAGGACAGGAUGUCAUGUGGCUCGUACCUUACCGAUUCGUUCAGAGAACCGGAGGAGACAUCGACUUCAGAAUCAUGGGCACAUUCGUCGAGUUUUACACUACGCUGCUGGGCUUUGUCAACUACCGUCUGUACACAUCCAUUGGCCUGGUAUAUCCCCCCAGAUUCAAUGCCGAUCUGGAUGCUCAAGGUGCCGAGCUAAGCGCAUUCCAAAUUGAAGGCAAAGGGGUGGCCGCCAACGGAGACGUUUCACAUGGCGAUGUGUCCGAGACUGCCAACCCGGAAGCACAGGCGGUUGCCGAUAGGAUUGCCGCUGCGCCUGUCACGGAAGAGGAACAGCCAGAAGAUACUCAAGUGGUGCCCGCUGCUGAAGAAGAGAACACGGAAACAAUUGACAAGUUCGAGGCAGUCGCCCCAGAUGCAGAUGUUCUGCCCCAGCCGCAGGCCAGCAGCGCCGAAGUAGCCGCCCUUUUCGCACCAUACACGUUUUACUUAGCGCGAGAGACCCCACGUGCUCCUUUGGAAUUCCUGCUGAAGGCGUUUGGUUGCAAACGCGUUGGAUGGGACUCUACCUUGGGAGAUGGUGCAUUCACCUCGAACGAGUCUGACCCAUCCAUCACGCAUCAAAUCGUCGAUCGCACAGCCAUUGCUACAGAGGAUGCCUCCGAAACCCCCGACGGAGCCGCGCCUAAGGUGCAGUGGCCUCGCUCUACCAUGCCUGGCCGAACUUAUGUGCAACCUCAGUGGGUAUGGGACUGUAUCAACCAAGGCAAGCUGCUUCGUCCGGAUUUGUAUGCUCCGGGUGCCGAAUUGCCACCUCAUUUGAGUCCGUGGGUGAAGCCCAAGAAGGGCGAAUACGAUCCCAACCUACCUCUGCAAGCCCAAGAGCUCGAGGGUGAAAGAGAAGCAUUCGAAGAUGCUGAAGAAGUUGCAUCAGAAGGGGAGGCGGAAGAAUCCGAUGACGAGGUAGAUGAAGAUGAAGGCAUGGAGAGUGACGCGUCCGUCGAGGCUGGCGAGGGUAUGCAAGUCGACGGCUCUGAAGAUGAAGAGGAGGAUGACGACGAGCCUCAAAAACCCGCAGACGAAUUUGACGGGUUCGAUUCUGAUGCUGAAUCAGACGUCUCUGAGGGUGAAGCCGCUCGCUUACAACAUCAGCGCGAAUUGGAAGCAGAGGCUACUGGCAAGACGCUUGAGCCCGAGGUCGAAACGACCAAGUCGAAGAAUGCUGCCGUGCGCAAGAAGGCUGAGAGAAAGCGAAAGGAGGAGCAGGAUGAACGGGACCGACAGAAGAUGAUGCUUUCGAACAAGAAGCGAAAGUUGUUGAAGCGAAUCGAGUAUGGCUCAAAUAAGCGGGAUGUCGAGGCGGAGAAUCUGAGGAGGAAAAAGCGUAAGCUGGAGAAGGCUAAGGCAGCCGCGGAGGCGGUAUGAGAGGUCAAGGUUUUCGAUCCUGGCUAGGAUCUCUCUUUGCAUUUGCAGGCGUCAGGCGCGUGGCGCAUUGGCCAUAUGAAUGAAGCGACUCUAUGUACAUGCUGUCCACCAAGAAAAGUGAGAAAUGUAUAGUCGCGAUACGCGAAUGAUGUUAUUGUACUACCG